CCUUGCCUUUCUACCAUCAUGUCCAUUCUCGUCCAGACCCCAGACGCCCUCUAUAUGCCCCAGAAAUUAUCGACACCUAAAUUCGGGAUGCCACCGGAGAAAGUUCUCAAAUUUGCGUGGUGCGUUGGCUAUUGAAAACAAUGACAAUAUCUUCGAACAAUGCACAACUAUAUGAAAUGUCGCUGCUGAACGCCCCUCGAGCUCAGUACUACUCUGCCGUCAUGACCGUCUCCUGUGUAUGCAGCAUCUGUCUCUCCGACUUUGUCGACCCCGUUUGCACGCCCUGUGGACAUGUCUAUUGCUUUAGUUGCAUCACACAAGCUACGAGCAUUCUGCGUAACGAAGGAUCGACCACAGCCCCAUGCCCUACCUGUUGCAAGCCGUCCUCUAUACGUGACGACCCCGUUGGUGCCCUUCCUCUAAUAAUCAACCAAAGGCUCCAGACAUCUAGCUUUCACGCGACUUUCACGAAUACUUCGGCUACCCCCCUCCGGAGGCUCUAUACGAAUGGACUACGGGUCAACUUUGAGGACCAAUUGAAGAGACUGGAGGAGUGCAUCGUGAGUUUGGAGCGAGAGAAUCAACGGCUCCGAAUGAAACACUUGUUGCUGCCAUCUGGAAAUAUGCGCGAUGAAAGCCAGAGGUACAGCCAAUCUGUGCCAUGGCUUGCACGCACACCCCGU